UCAAACUGUUCGGCCCUCUCUUAUUAUGAGUUGAGAAGGUAAUAUCAGUGGCCCGAGCACGUUCACACAUUUACAUUACGACUUUUCAUACAUCAUUUCACUUUUCAUACAUCAUUUCACUAUAUUUAGGCAUAACACCAUUACUUCUUCCACCAUUCUCCAAACAAAAAUCAAAAUGUUGACUCACGCUAUUUCUAAACCCAUCCUCAUAGUAACCAUUCUAUUAGUUCUACAAGCUUUCUAUACCACAACAAAGGCUCAAAACUGUGGUUGUUCGCCAGACCUAUGUUGUAGUCAGUUCGGUUUCUGCGGUAGCACUUCAGACUAUUGUGGUGUAGGUGUCUGUCAACAAGAGCCUUGUUUUGCCCCUCCUCCUGCAAACGGUGUCUCGGUUGAUGAAAUUGUCACACAAGAAUUCUUCAAUGGAAUCAUCGACCAAGCCGAGUCUAGUUGCGCUGGUAAUGGAUUUUACAGCCGAGGAGCUUUUCUUGAGGCCUUAGAGUCAUAUUCCCGUUUCGCUAGGAUUGGUUCGGUCGAUGAUUCUAGGCGUGAGAUCGCAGCCUUCUUUGCCCAUGUCACGCAUGAAACUGGACAUUUUUGCUACAUAGAAGAAAUAAACGGACCCUCAAGGGAUUAUUGCGACGAGAACGCGACGCAGUAUCCAUGCAAUCCCAACAAAGGCUAUUACGGCCGCGGACCGAUCCAACUCUCUUGGAAUUUCAACUACGGGCCAGCUGGAACCGCGAUUGGUUUUGACGGUCUCAACGCACCAGAAACAGUAGCCACGGAUCCAGUCAUAUCCUUCAAGACCGCCUUGUGGUACUGGACCAAUAGAGUUCAGCCUGUUAUCUCACAAGGCUUUGGUGCAACAAUCCGAGCCAUCAACGGCGCUCUGGAGUGCGACGGAGCCAACUCAGCCACGGUUCAAGCUAGAGUUCGUUACUACACUGAAUAUUGUCGUCAGUUAGGUGUUGACCCCGGAAACAACCUCAUUUGCUAACAAAAAAAAACAUCUAGUAGUAAUCCAUAUUAUUUGUAUACACAUUACAGAAAUAAAGACAAUGCUCAAGAAUGUAAUGACCCAUUUAUGUUAUACUCUUUUGCUUCAUUUUAA